UCUAUCCCUGUGUGUCUCUCGCCACGCUUUGGCAAGGUGUAUUAUUUGUUGUGAAAUGCCUCAACACUACUAUGUGUAUCUUAAGACAUCGUAGUUCACUGUUGUAGAAUCUCGAAGGCAGUUCUGGAAGAAGCCCACCAGGUCUCUCAGCACUUUACUAGAUGCAGACGCAUCUGAUGAUAGCCAGGAGUAAGUGUAACGUGUUUGACAUCGAAUGACACUGCAUGUAUCUUGUCUCAUCACGAAAAAGUCCGUGUAAAGUUUGUCUAGAGGACUCCUUUGCAGAGGAACUGAUGUUCAGGUGAACAUUACUAAAAGUGACAACUGAUACCAAAGAUUCAUCCAGACUGAAGAUCAACGUUUUGACAGGAGGAUUCGUCGUUUGAGUCCGUUACGCACGUUGUGUUGUGCGCGCGAUUUUGGUUAGAGUUGCAUCUUUCCAUCAUGUCAAGAAAGAAGGCAUCAAAGAGCAAAGGCGGCAACGCGAGCCCAUCUGGGGGCACUCCAGCGAAAGACAACACAAAGUCGGGAAAAAACAGCUUAGUGGUUGGGGUACAAGCCAAUGGUGUGGUCCACCCUAGCCGACCUGUCUGCAACAGCAGCGAGUUUUACGAUAUCGCGUUCAAGGUGAUGCUGGUGGGGGACUCAGGGGUGGGGAAGACCUGUCUGCUGGUGCGCUUCAAAGACGGAGCCUUCUUGGCUGGCAGCUUCAUCUCAACCGUGGGCAUUGACUUCAGGAACAAAGUGCUCAACAUUGAUGGAGUCAAAGUCAAGCUUCAGAUCUGGGACACUGCAGGACAGGAGCGCUUCCGCAGUGUUACUCACGCCUACUACCGUGAUGCCCAUGCUCUGCUGUUACUCUAUGAUGUCACCAACAAAGCAUCUUUUGAUAACACUCGGGCCUGGCUCACUGAGAUCCAUGAAUAUGCUCAGAAGGAUGUGGUUCUGAUGCUACUGGGCAAUAAGGCUGAUGCCUCUCACAGCAGAACAGUGAGAAGAGAUGAGGGUGAGAGACUGGCUAAGGAGUUUGGGGUGCCAUUUAUGGAAACCAGUGCUCGAUCUGGCCUCAAUGUGGAGCUGGCUUUCACUGCCAUAGCCAAAGAGCUGAAGUACAGGUCUAUGAAGGAAACUGAUGAGCCCACGUUUAAACUGCAUGAGUACGUCAGCAAGGAGGUGCAGACUACAGGGUGCUGCAGGCCCUAAAGCUAUGUCUAUGUAUUUAUGUGUAUAUUUCAUUAUCAUAACUGUUUACAUUUGCCCAAUCCUGUGUGUGUGUGUGUGUAUGUGUGUGUGUGUGUGUGUGUGUGUGUGU